AUGUCGUUUCUGUCCUGGGUACGGUCCCCCAAGCUCACCUUCUUCCAGACGCUAGUGUCUCUGGUCCUGGGGGCCAUGGCCCUCUUGUCGUCCUACUGGUGUGAGGGCAGUCAGAAGGUCCCCAAGCCCCUCUGCUCGGCCAACAAACUGACCAAAUGCAUACCUGUGCCCGGGGUCUCGCAUAACUCCACCUCCAUCCAGUUCUCCUGGGAGACGGGGGACGACCGCUUCGUCUUCCCUGCCUUCCAUGCAGGCAUGUGGAUGAGCUGUGAGGAGAACAUCUACACUGACGCCUGGGAGGAAAAGUGUCGCAGUUUUCUUUCUUUAACUCCAGGGGGUGAAAAAGGAAUGUUGUGGUUGUCGGUGUCAAUGGAGCUCAUGUAUGUUGGGCUGCUGUGUAUCAGCUGUGUGCUGCUGUCUCUUCAGUUGUGUAUGGAUGCCUUUUGGCCCUCACAGAUCUGGGGACAGCUCCUCAAUGCCUACUCUGCAGUCUUCACUAUAUUAGGAGGGUUACUGGGAAUGGUGGCUCACAUGAUGUUCAUGCAGGUGUUUCAGACUACUGCCUCUAUGGGUCCAGAGGACUUCAAACCACACAGCUAUGGCUACUCCUGGGGCUUUUAUGUGGCAUGGCUGGCCUUUACCUGCUGCAUGUUGUCAGGAGUCUCCACCCUCAACAACUACACCAAGAAGACUGUAAUGGAGCGUAGGCGCAAAGCCCGCCUGUACCCCCCUCGAUUCCCUGACAUAGAGCCCCUGCUAGCCCCGGCCCCCUACUACUGCCCUCCGCCCCCUCAUCCCUGUAUGUCCUCACCAUCCCCAGAACUCUCACCCCUGUCACCCUACUAUGACUCCCCUUCGCCACCCCCAACCUCAUCACCCCGCCCACUCACCCACUCCCUCUCCCUCCCCCACUGCUACACACUCCCCCACCCUGAAUACUUCCCACCUCCCCCGUCCCACCCUGCUCCCCUGUCCCCCUAUCACCGCCACUCCCUCCCCUCUCCCUCCAUCACUCUACCCCUGUCCGUCCACAGUUACACACCCCAGUACUACUCAGAGGACAGGGGCAGAGAGAUGGAGGAAGAGGGGAGGGAGUACUCAGAUGAGGAGUACAGCCCACUUUGA